UAAAAUUUGAAGAAAAUGGAAAAAUUGAGAAGAAUAAUGUAAAUUUAAAUGAAAAGGUAGGGGAGGUUUAGAGUUAAUCAAAAUUAUUAAAAAAUGCAAAUUAAAGAGAAUCAAAAAAACUUCUAGUUCUAAAAACAAUAAAUCUCGUUUGUAAAUUAUCUCGGAAUUUUGAUUGGCUUAACUGAAAACAUCCAAAAUAUAAGACCGUGUUUUUAUUUCAAAAAAAUAUUUUUUUGUUUAACAUAAAUAUGUAUAUCCAAAUGAAAAUUUUUUUAAUCAAGGAAAAUGAAAGCACACCUCUUGAAUAUUUUUAUAAUAAAGAAGAUGAUCCAUUUGACAACAAAUCUUUGACAAUAAAAGAAAAUAAUAAUAUAACCAAUCAACAACAAAAUAAUUAUUUAUUACCCUUAUCUCCAAUACCUUCAAUUGCAAGCCCAUCACUUUCACGAAUUCCACGUUUAUAUUCUACUCCACAAAUAAAAAGGACAACAAAAGAAAUUGGUAAAUUAAUUUUUAAUUAG